GUCUUACCUCAAAUGUGGAUAAUUUUUGUCUUAACUAACUGAAUUAUCUUACAUAUUUAAAGCUGGCUAUGUUGAAUUGCGAUCUCUCAUAUCCGUCACCUGUCUCUCCUCUUCCUCCCCCCUCCCCGUGCCCGCUCGCUCUCACUCGUCAGCUGUUUGUUUCGGCAUUGCCGAUUGUUGUUUUUGCUGUGCGUUAGCAAAACUUGUAUAUUUUUCAACGUUGAGCAUGCCCAAAACACAGCGCGUGCAUGCCAAUCUGAGGAGGUCGGCGCGGGCCAAUCUUGUACGACACAUAAGAGGCCAUGCAAAUGCUGAAGCUGCCGCAGCCGACGAAUAUUACAGAAGAAAUGACAGGCUUCACAACGAUCUAGAGGUAAACCGCGAGCUUGGAGAAGUAGGAGAAAUAGUAGUAAAUGUGCGGGGCGAGGCAGAGGUUCAAAAUCAAGCUGGCCGCAGACGUGGCGGUCUACAGCCUGAGCCUAGGCCCCUCACACCGCCCAGAGAAGUUGAUCGAGACGAGGGACGACAAAAUUAUAAUAAUCCACUUGGUGCCGACGAACUGAACGAGGAAAACAACCCUGAUGAUGUUGAACCUGAGGAUUCUGACGAAGAAAUGUUUGAUGAGGGUGUUGACAUCGAAGCAGUUCCUGGAGACACACCCCUCUACAACAAUGCAAAUAUUACAAUCAAUGAAAGCAUGGUUAUGGUGUUAAGUCUAAUGCUCAACCACAAUCUUACAGGUUCAUGUAUUGAAGAUCUUCUGCAGGUGAUCAACUUUCACUGUCCUGCUGAAAACCUUCACAAGUUGAGCUACCACAAGUUUCGGAAGUUUACUCGCUGUGGUAAAGUGCCCAUGAAGAAGAAGUUCUACUGCUCGGUGUGCAUGACAGGUUUGGAAAAUGAAGAUGCCUUGUGUACUGUUUGUGGUGUUGACAGAGAAAAGAAUUAUUUUGUGCAGCUGCCAUUGGCACCGCAGUUGCGUGAGUUGUACAAACGUAAUUCCUUUUACAACAGUCUGCAGCACAGACACAACCGAGUGAGGGCUGGCCCCGAUAACUGUAUUGAAGAUAUUUAUGAUGGAAGUGUUUACAAAGCUCAGGAGGGUCAGGGUGGGUUUUUAAGCAAUAGAAAUAAUAUUUCUCUGACCUGGUACACUGAUGGCGUUCCAGUUUUCUCAUCUAAGAACUACAGUAUUUGGCCCUUUAUGUUUCUGAUUAAUGAAUUGCCAUAUAGGAUGAGAGCCCGAAGGAAAAAUGUCUUAAUGGCAGGCUUAUGGUUUGGCCCCCAUAAACCUUCUGCAAACUUGUACAUGAGAUCUUUCUUGCCAGAAUUAAGAAGAUUGUACACUGAUGGUGUGCGAGUUUCCGUUGCAGACUUAGAAAGAAUUAACAUACCAGUAAAAGCAAUUGUUUUAGCAGGAGUUUGUGACACUCCAGCAAAAAGUAAUUUUUUAAAUGUUGCUGGAUUCAGUGGUUUUUAUGGGUGCCCAGUUUGUGAAAUAAGAGGUGAAACGCUUAAUGUGGCUGGAACUGACCAUCAUGUGUAUCCAUAUCAGGAGCGUUUAACUUUGCGUACUACUGCCCGGUUUGAGAAUUUUGCCAGACAAGCACUUCAAGUUGCAAAUGCAACAGGAGUUCAGGGUGUGAAAGGUCCAACUGCCCUUCAUUUAAUUAUGCCUGAUUUUUUAAAGGGAGCCGCAGUUGAUCCCAUGCAUUUGGUGACAGGAGUAGUGAAAAAGCUUUUGCAACUGCACUUUGAUUCAAAUCAUUCAGAUGAGUCCUUUUCUCUUCGGAAUGUGCUGCGGGUUGCUGAUCUUGAGUUGUUAAAAAUCAAACCUCCCAAAUUUAUUCAUAGAAAAGCUCAAACUCUUGAAGAGUUUCAUCGUCGGAAAGCAUCUCAACUGAUGUGUUGGUUUCUCUAUUACUCCCUUCCAAUUUAUAAAAAUAUCAUGAAAUUAGAGUAUUAUUAUCACUAUCUGAAGUUGGUGGCUGCAAUAUCACUUUUAAAUGCCAAUAGUGUGUCUGUACAGAAUAUUCAGAAGGCAGAAAGGCUGCUUAAAGAGUUUGUAAAAGAUUUUGAAGGACUUUAUCACCUAAAAUUUUGUAGCAUCAACAUCCAUUUGCUUCUUCAUCUGCCUAACUGUGUUCGCCACUUGGGGCCUUUGUGGGUUUAUACAUGCUUUCCCAUGGAAGAUUUGAAUGGAAAAAUUAUAGGUAAUAUUCAUGGGAAAACAUCAGUUGACAGUCAAUUCUGUAAUACAUUUUGGCAAGUUCUCUGUCAACACCGCAAACUAAAUACCAUAAUAGAUGGUCCAAAAAAAGACUUCAUAAAGAAACGGAAGCGGUCUGUGAAAAUUACUGAUCAAAUUGCUCCAGGCUGCUACAGUGUUGGGAACUACAAAAUAUUUGGUAGGGAAGGGAGACAUAUUGUUAAUGCUUUGGAGGCUGCACAUAUUAACCCACAGAAUACAUCAGUAUAUUUUAGGCUUUUGAAGGGCAGUAUGAUCUAUGCAUCCAAGGGGUAUGAACGUGAUUUUGCCAGUAACUCAUCAUAUGUUGCUUAUAAACUUGGGGGCCUGAACUGUUAUGGUUGUGUGGAGGUGUUUAUUUUUGUGUCUGCUUGCAACUGCCCUGAUGUGUGUGAGUGUGUAAGUGGGCAUUUUGCUGUCAUUAAUGGGGUUCGGAAGGCUGAGAGCUUCAGAGUGCCUUACCAUAACAAUUUUGAACUAUCUCAUAUUCACAGGUAUGUGGAGGCAGGCUGGAUACAUGUUGUUCCUAUUUCUUGUUUAAGAACAGUUUGUGUUGCCAUGAAUACAUAUAAUGAUUUGUAUCUAGCUGAACCUGUAAAUUCUUAUGAGGUGGAGUAAUGAUCCCUUCGGGUGCUCCCACAAUGUCUUCUACGGCUCUAAUUAUUGGGUUUACAAAGUCUGACUAACUUGAGUCCUAACAAUAAUUGCACCAUGUCUCAGAGAAUUCUGUCUAGAAAGCAAGCUAAGUAGAAGACAUUGUGGGAGCACCCUUAGUCAUUCUUUCAGAGAUUUCAGUUAUUCUUUCUUUGUUAUUCAACAUAUAACAGUGUUGUCUUAUCACUGCAUAGCGCCAAGAAUAACCAUGACCAUUACAUUCCCCCGUUUUAAUUUAUUAUGUUGACAAGGACAUUUGUAAAUGUAAGGAAAGCCAAAUAACCCUGUAAUUUUUGUGAUGACCUCUGUUCAGUUUUGUGAUCACUGAUAUUCAAUAGGAUGAAUUUUAACAAUGUAUUUUUAACUUGGAGUUUCAUUUUUAAAACUGUAUGCUAUGUAAAACUAAGUUGGCUGUAAAUUGAAUGUAUAAGAAGUAUCAAACUGUGCCUUUGAUAAAAUUUUGUUAGUUGUAUUCUUAUUUCACUUAUCUAGUUAAUGGUAUAUUACAUAUGACUUCAAAAGUUAGCUAUUUAUUAUUUACAGUGAGAUUUGUUGACCUCUGUUUAGUUCAGGACAAUAGACCGCUGCUUCUCACUGCAAACG